AUGCUUUUGUCUGAGUACGACAUCCAAUAUGUGACCCAAAAAGCAAUAAAGGGAAGUGUUUUAGUAGAAUAUCUUGCUCAUCAACCAGUUGAAGACUAUCAACCAUUGAAGUUUGAUUUCCCUGAUGAGGAUAUCAUGGUGAUAAAGGAUUGUGAGAUCCCAGGCCCAGAUGAAGGACCAGAACCAGGACCUCGAUGGAAUCUCGCGUUCGAUGAAUAUGAAGCUUGUAUCCUUGGUAUUGAAGCCGCAAUUGAUCUUCAAAUUGAGAUCCUUGAGGUGUAUGGAGACUCAGCCUUGGUGAUCUAUCAGGUCAAAGAUGAAUGGGAAACUCGUGAUGCGAAGCUGAUCCCAUAUCGUGCUCACGUUGUAAAGAUGAUAGAAUACUUUGACGAUAUCACUUUCCAUCACAUCCCAAGAGUAGAAAAUCAAGUGGCUGACGCUUUGGCAACAUUAGCAUCAAUGUACCAAGUCAGAUUCCAUAAUGAAGCUCCACUUAUUCGAAUCGAGCGAAGAGAUGAGCCUGCUUACUGUCAACUGAUUGAAGAAGAAACUGACGGUAGACCAUGGUUUCAUGACAUCAAGCGAUAUCUUCUAAGUCAAGAGUAUCCAGAAGAUGCUAAAUUGUUGGAUAAGAAAACGUUGAGGAGAUUAUCAUCCAAAUUCUUUUUGAGUUCUGUUUCCGUUUCUUUAGCGUCAACUGGUUUUCAUGAUCCAUCACCGGGGAAUUUUUCUCUUCUUCAUGUCGAAACUAUAGCGUCAUUGAGUCGAGCUCCCAAACCUGCCAGUGAACGUGAAGUUCUAAAUCAGCAAGCUUACAUGUCUGGUUCAUCAAAAAAGAUAAUGACCUUUUAG